GGCCAAUAUUUUUGAGCUUUUCCCACAGCACAGCACUCGCCGACGAUGCUCCUCCUUCCCGCUUCCGCCAUCGGACGAAACAUCUGCUGGCGCUGUGAGCUCAUUAGGCCCCAUUCGGCUGCAGCUCUCCGUCCUUCGACGUUAUCACUGAAGCGACCUCCACCUUCGUUACGGCGAUAUGCCUCCAGUACGGAAGCUCCCGCCCCGGCCAGUCUUGCGCACACCCGGAAUAUCGGAAUCAUAGCACACAUCGAUGCCGGGAAAACCACAACAACAGAGCGCAUGCUCUUCUACUCAGGCUUCACUCGGCGCAUCGGCGAGGUCGAUGAAGGCUCCACGGUAAUGGACUAUCUACCAGCGGAACGAGCACGCGGCAUCACCAUUACCUCGGCAGCAAUAACAUUUAAUUGGACACCACCCUCAGCCCAAGAGCACAUCAUAAACCUUAUUGACACCCCCGGCCACGCGGACUUUACUUUCGAGGUGGAACGUUCGAUCCGGGUGCUGGACGGGGCGGUGACGAUCUUGGAUGGUGUUGCGGGGGUGGAGGCGCAGACGGAAAAGGUGUGGCGGCAGGCAGCGAAGUACCAGAUCCCGCGCUUGAUCUUCGUCAAUAAGCUUGAUCGGGUUGGCGCACGCUUUGGAGCUACGGUGAGAGAGGUGGCGGCAAAGCUGAAUGCGUGGCCGGCAGUGCUGCAGUUGCCGGUGUAUGAAAACAAUGGGAAGGGAGGCGAGGACGUGCUAAGGGGUGUGGUGGACCUGGUCGAGAAGAGGGUCUUCCUCUAUGAGCUCGGCGGGGAUGGACAGAACAUUACGGUUCACGACUACGAGUGGUUGUCCACUAACAACCCAAAGCUACACCAGGAGGCACUCGACGCACAAAUUGCGCUGGUUGAGCUACUCGGCGAACACGACGAAGACUUGGUAGAGCUCUUCCUGGAAGUGGGGGAGCACCAUUUGAUCCCCACGGCCGCUCUCAAAAGCUCCAUUCGAAAACUUACCCUUACAGGUAAUGGCCGGAUCAUCCCCGUUCUCUGCGGUGCCUCAUUCCGCAAUAUUGGCGUACAGCCGCUCCUAGAUGCUGUCGUAGAUUACCUCCCCUCACCUCUUGACCGCCCUCCCACAGACAUCACCCACAGCGGAAACCAGUACGCGCUGCUCGACAUGGACACGAAUCGCACUUGUGCGCUCGCCUUCAAGGUGGUCAACGACCCGAAACGUGGCGCCAUGGUCUUCGUUAGAGUUUAUUCGGGUAGCCUAUCCAAGGCGCAAACUCUAUACAACACCUCCCUUGGAGUCAAGGAGCGUGCCCACCGAUUGUUACAAAUGUACGCCGACGAGGCGGUCGACAUCCCCUCCAUACCGUGCGGCCACAUCGGUGUCAUCAUCGGCCUCAAGCAAGCGCGCACAGGCGACACACUGAUCUCUGAGCACGCCGUUUCCCCCUCUGGUCAAAGUUCAAAUGCAAAGAAAUCCAAAACCGCAAUCCAAAAAUACGAUCCGAAAACGUUGCAGCUCCGGCCAAUCGAUGUCCCACCUCCCGUCUUCUUCGCCUCCUUGGAGCCCUACUCCCUCUCCGAACAGAAGCCUCUCGAGGAAGCCCUCGCCAUGCUCCUGCGUGAAGACCCCUCCUUCAGUGUCACUACCGACCCUGACAGCGGACAAACUCUGCUCUCGGGAAUGGGCGAACUGCACCUCGAGAUUGGCCGUGACAGGCUGGUGCAGGAGUUGAAGGCAAAGGCGGACAUGGGGAAGAUACUGAUUGCCUAUCGCGAGACGAUAUCGGUCCCCAUGGGCCCAACCCAUCACUUCCUCAACCGGGAACUUGCCGGCAAGCCCGCAAAAGCCGGGUGCACCGCCAGCGUCUCGCCGCUCAACAUCGACGAUCUCGAGGAGGGCGUCGAGAUCGGGACCGAUGGGAAUAAUGUCGCCAUCCAUAUCUUGGAGACGUAUGUGGACUCUACAGGCGAAACACUGAAAGCCAAGAUCCCAUCGCAUCUUACGGCGAAGGAAAUCGAAGCCGCGAUGGGUGCCGGCGUCGCUGCCGCACUCUCUCGCGGACCACACCUCCACCUCCCCCUUAGGGACACACAGGUCGAGGUAACCAUCAACCCCGCCACCGACCUCACGGCCGAAAGCUCCCUCGCCGCGAUCUCGACCGCCACGCGCCUCGCUGUUGGUGACGCCCUGGCCGCUGCACAGGCACAGGCCACGGGGUUGAUUGUCGAGCCGGUGAUGACCGUCUCCGUUUCCUGCGACGAGAAGGACCUUGGCAAAGUUGUCGCCGACAUCUCGUCCUCGCGCGGAGGGCAGGUUUCGAGUCUGGGUGAUGGCGAAACGCUAGGUGUGGAGAUCGAGAUGAAGCGCGUGUAUGUGCCGUUCUUGAAGGGUGAUGGAGAGAGAAGGGAGGCUGGUGAGGGGAUAAAGAGGGUUGUCAAUGCUACGGUUCCCCUCGGUGAGAUGGUCGGGUAUCUAAAGCAUCUGAGAGCUAUGACCCAGGGGCGCGGGACUUUUGUCAUGGAGCUCGAGGGAUGGGAGAGGAUGCAGGGUCCUAGAGCGAGGGAGGUGGAGAAGGCUAUGAGAGGAGAGUAGUUCAAGAGAUGUAUGUACGAUACGAUACGAAGUGUAUGAUAGAGAUAUCGGGACUGGUACAAUCAACUGUCCUCACAUUCCUG